UUUUUUUCCCCCAAGCAACGCAUGAACAGUUGUUAAGUGGAAAAUGGAGGCUGAAUUUUACGUAGCGAUUCUUACCUGCUUCAUCUUUGGGAAUUCAGGAGGGUUUCAGAUUGUCCAUGUCCAGAAACAACAAUGUCUUUUCAUAAAUAAGAGAGUGGUCGUGGGCCUUUGCAAUGGGACCAGCCCGAACCAGCAGUGGCUGUGGACUGAGGAUCAAAAGCUCCUUCAUGUUCUCUCUGCACUGUGCCUGGGCAUCUCCAAUUCCUCUGGUGGCCCUUCCCGUGCAGCCAUCACCACCCCUUGCUCCCAGGCACCCCGAUGGACCUGCUAUGAACAGGAAGGGUUCCUAGAGGUGGAAAAUGCCUCUCUCUUUCUCAAGAAACAAGGCCCAAAGGUAGUGAUCAAGAAGGGCAGGAAAUACCUCCAUAGCUGGAUGAAAAUAGAUGUCAACGAGGAAGGAAAACCAGUCAAUGAAAACCUCUGCUUUGAAAAAGCUGGCCUGGGAGCUGAAGUUUCAGUGAGAAGCGCUAGAAACACAGUACCUCCCCGGAUCCUUCCUACUUUUAAUGCAGUUCUGCACAGCCAUGAACAUCUUCUCAGGAAUACCCCAGAGGCCUUCCUCAGGAAUACUUCAGAAAACUACAGCCAAAACAGCAGUGGGAGGCAUCACCCACAUCUGCCCAUGGCUGGCAUUACAGACACGUCGUGGGUUUCAUGGACUACUCAGCCUUUCUCCAGCACCACUGCAGAGACCAGCCUGGCAGAGCCAGUGAGGUGUAACUUCACCCUGACGGAGUCCAGAGUCUCCAGUCAGUCCGCGUGGAUCCAGUGGAGAACUCUGGGGUCACCCUGUAACUUUAGCAUCAUCUAUAGCAGUGACACCUCGGACGUGGUGUGGUGCCAGCCCAUUCGGAUAGACAACACCACCUAUGGAUGUAACCCCCAGGAUUUGCAAGCGGGCACUGUCUAUAACUUCAGGAUUCUUUCCCUGGAUGGAGAAGAGAAAACGGUCGUCUUGCAAACAGAUCCUUUACCUCCUGCUAGGCUUGAAGUCAGUAAAGACAAAACUACUUCAACUAGUUUGCAUGUUGGGUGGGCACCUUCUUCUGGAAAAGUCACCUGGUAUGAAGUACAGUUAUUCAAUGAUAAUAACCAGAAGAUACAGGAAGUUCAAGUUCAAGAAAGUGCUACAUGGAAUAAAUAUACUUUUUUUAACCUCACUGCUGGCAACAAAUACAGUAUUGCCAUCACAGCUGUUUCUGGAAACAAGCAUUCCUCUGUAGUUUAUACCAAUGGAUCAACAGUGCCAUCUUCGGUGAAAGAUAUUAGUGUUUCUACAAAAACUAAUUCUCUCGUGAUUUCCUGGGCCCACGGUCCUGGGAAUGUGGAACGAUACCGCCUGAUGCUAAUGGAUAGAGCGGUCCUAGUUCAUAGCAGUGUCGUGGACAAACAUGCUGCUUCCUUUGCUUUUCAUGGGCUGACACCUGGUCACCUCUACAACCUCACUAUUGUGACGGAGGCUGCAGGGCUGCAAAACUACCGAUGGAAGCUAAUCAGGACAGUACCCAUGGAAGUGUCAAAUCUGAAGGUGACAAAUGAAGGCAGUACCAACUCUCUAAAAGCUAAGUGGCAAAGACCUCCUGGGAAUGUGGAUUCAUACAACAUUACUCUGUCUCACCAAGGGACUAUUAAGGAAUCAAGAAUAUUAGCACCUCAGGUUACUGAAAUUCACUUUAAAGGCUUAGCCCCUGGACGACUUUAUCAAAUUACUAUUAGCUGUAUCUCGGGUGAACUAUCUGCUCAGAAGAUGGCAGUGGGAAGAACAGUUCCAGACAAAGUUGGGAACCUGGAGGCAAACAACAAUGGUUGGAUGAGAUCCCUCACAGUGAGCUGGUCGCCCCCUGCUGGAGACUGGGAACAGUAUCGUGUCCUGCUCUUCAAUGAUUCUCUGCUGCUGCUCAACAUCACUGUGGGAAAGGAGGAAACACACUAUGUCAUAGAUGACGUGGGGCUCAUACCGGGAAGACAGUAUGAGAUAGAAGUCAUUGUUGAGAGUGGAAAUCUUAAGAAUUCUGAGCGUUGCCAAGGCAGAACAGUCCCGCUGGCUGUCGUCCAGCUGCGUGUCAAGAAUGCCAAUGAAACCUCUCUGAGCAUCAUGUGGCAGACCCCUGCAGCAGAAUGGGAGAAAUACAUCAUUUUACUAGCUGACAGAGACCUCUUACUCAUCCACAAGUCACUCUCCAAAGAUGUCAAAGAAUUCACUUUUACUGACCUGGUGCCUGGACGAAAAUACGUGGCUACAGUCACCAGUAUAAGUGGAGACUUAAAAAAUUCCUCUUCAGUAAAAGGAAGGACAGUGCCUGCCCAAGUGACUGACUUGCAUGUGACCAACCAAGGGAUGACCAGUAGUCUGUUUACUAACUGGACCCAGGCUCUCGGAGACAUAGAAUUCUAUCAAGUCUUACUGAUUCAUGAAAAUGUAGUCAUCAAAAAUGAAAGUGUCUCCAGUGAAACCAGCAGAUACAGCUUCCAUUCCCUCAAAUCGGGCAGCCUCUACUCUGUGGUGGUAACGACAGUGAGUGGAGGGAUCUCCUCACGACAAGUGGUGGUAGAGGGAAGGACAGUCCCUUCCAGUGUGAGCGGAGUAACAGUGAACAAUUCUGGUCGCAGUGACUACCUCAGCGUCUCCUGGCUGCCAGCACCAGGAGAUGUGGAUAACUAUGUGGUGUCGCUCUCUCACGACAGCAAGGUGGUUCAGUCCCUCGUCAUUGCCAAGUCUGUCAGUGAGUGUGCUUUCAGCUCCCUCACCCCAGGCCGCCUCUACGACGUGACUAUAACCACAAGGAGUGGCAAGUUCGAAAAUCAUUCCUUCAGCCAAGAGCGGACAGUCCCUGACAAGGUCCAGGGAGUCAGUGUCAGCAACUCAGCUAGGAGCGACUAUUUGAAGGUAUCCUGGGUACAUGCCACUGGAGACUUUGAUCACUAUGAAGUCACCAUUAAAAACAAAAACAACUUCAUUCAAACUAAAAGCAUUCCCAAGUCAGAAAAUGAGUGUGUAUUUGUUCAGCUAGUCCCUGGACGGCUGUACAGUGUCACUGUUAGCACAAAAAGUGGACCAUACGAAGCCAGUGAACAAGGAAAUGGAAGAACGAUCCCAGAGCCCGUUAAGGAUCUAACACUGCAGAACAGAAGCACGGAGGAUCUGCAUGUGUCUUGGUCACGAGCUGACGGAGAUGUCGACCAGUAUGAAAUUCAACUGCUCUUCAAUGACAUGAAAGUAUUUCCUCCUUUUCACCUUGUAAAUACUGCCACGGAGUAUCGAUUCACCUCCUUAACCCCAGGGCGCCAGUACAAAAUCCUUGUCUUGACAAUCAGUGGAGAUGUACAGCAAUCAGCCUUCAUUGAAGGCUUAACGGUUCCUAGUGCUGUCAAAAACAUUCACGUAUCUCCCAAUGGGGCAACAGAUAGUCUGAGAGUGAGCUGGACUCCUGGCGGGGGAGACGUUGAUUCCUACACAGUGUCGGCAUUCAGGCAGAACCAGAAAGUGGAGUCACAGACUGUUCUCAAGCACAUCUCUGAGUACACGUUCCACAAACUGGAAGCUGGGGAGCAGUACCAGAUCAUUAUUGCCUCAGUCAGCGGGUCCCUGAGCAACCUUGUAGAUGCCCUCGGGAGGACAGUUCCUGCAUCUGUCCAGGGAAUAACUGCAGACAAUGCAUACAGCAGUCAUUCCUUAAUAGUAAGUUGGCAAAAAGCCAUUGGUGUGGCAGAAAGAUAUGAUAUCCUGCUACUAAAUGAAAAUGGGAUUCUUCUGAGCAACAUAUCAGAGCCAGCUGCUGCCAAGCAGCACAAAUUUGAAGAUCUAACACCGGGCAAGAAAUACAAGAUACAGAUCCUAACUGUCAGUGGAGGCCUCUUUAGCAAGGAAGCCCAAACUGAAGGCCGAACAGUCCCAGCAGCUGUCACCAAUCUGAGGAUCACGGAGAACUCCACCAGACACUUGGCCUUCAGCUGGGCCGCAUCAGAAGGGGAGCUCAACUGGUACAAUAUCUUUCUGUACAACCCGGAUCGAACUCUUCAGGAUAGAGCUCAAGUUAACCCACAGGUCCAGAGCUUCUCUUUCCAGAACUUGCUGCAAGGCCGAAUGUACAAAAUAGUGAUUGUAACUCACAGUGGGGAGCUGUCCAAUGAGUCUUUCUUGUUCGGAAGAACAGUCCCAGCCUCUGUGAGUCACCUCAAGGGAUCCAAUCGGAACAUGACAGACAGUCUUUGGUUCAGCUGGAGUCCAGCCUCUGGGGACUUUGACUUUUAUGAGCUAAUCCUCUACAAUUCCAAUGGUACAAAGAAGGAAAACUGGAAAGAUAAGGACCUGACAGAGUGGCGCUUCCAUGGCCUCAUCCCUGGAAGGAAGUACACGCUAUGUGUGGUAACUCACAGUGGAGAUCUCACCAAUCAGGUCACAGGGGAGAGCAGAACAGCCCCAAGUCCUCCCAGUCAUUUGUCAUUCGCUGAUGUUGCAAACACAUCCUUGGCCAUCACCUGGAAGGGGCCCCCGGACUGGACAGACUACAAUGAUUUUGAAGUGCAGUGGUUCCCCAGAGACGCACUCACUGUCUUCAACCCCUACAGCAACAGAAAAUCAGAAGGACGCAUUGUGUAUGGCCUUCGUCCAGGGAGAUCCUACCAAUUCAGUGUCAAGACUGUCAGUGGCGAGUCCUGGAAAACCUACAGCAAACCAAUUUUCGGAUCUGUGAGGACAAAGCCAGACAAGAUACAAAACCUGCACUGCCGGCCUCAGAACUCUACAGCCAUUGCUUGUUCUUGGAUCCCUCCUGAUUCUGACUUUGAUGGGUAUAGCAUUGAAUGCCGGAAAAUGGACACCCAAGAAGUCGAGUUUUCUAGAAAGCUGGAGAAGGAAAAAUCUCUGCUCAACAUCAUGAUGUUAGUGCCCCAUAAGAGAUACCUGGUGUCCAUCAAGGUGCAGUCGGCCGGCAUGACCAGCGAGGUGGUUGAAGACAGCACUAUCACGAUGAUAGACCGCCCCCCUCCUCCACCUCCACAUAUUCGUGUGAAUGAAAAAGAUGUGCUAAUUAGCAAAUCUUCCAUCAACUUCACUGUCAACUGCAGCUGGUUCAGCGACACCAAUGGAGCUGUGAAGUACUUCACAGUGGUGGUGAGAGAGGCUGAUGGAAGUGAUGAACUGAAACCAGAACAACAUCACCCUCUCCCUUCCUACCUGGAGUACAGGCAUAAUGCCUCCAUUCGAGUGUACCAGACCAACUAUUUUGCCAGCAAAUGUGCUGAAAGUCCUGACAGCAACUCUAAGAGUUUUAACAUUAAACUUGGAGCAGAGAUGGAGAACCUAGGUGGAAAAUGUGAUCCAAACCAGCAAAAAUUCUGUGAUGGACCACUGAAGCCACGCACUGCCUACAGAAUCAGCAUUCGAGCAUUUACACAGCUGUUUGAUGAAGACCUGAAGGAAUUCACAAAGCCACUGUAUUCAGACACAUUUUUCUCUUUGCCUAUCACCACUGAGUCGGAGCCCUUAUUUGGAGUUAUCGAAGGUGUGAGUGCUGGUUUGUUUUUAAUUGGCAUGCUGGUAGCUGUCAUUGCCUUAUUCAUCUGCAGACAGAAAGUGAGCCAUGGUCGAGAAAGGUCCUCCGCCCACCUGAGCAUUCGUAGGGAUCGACCAUUAUCAGUUCACUUGAACCUAGGCCAGAAAGGUAACCGGAAAACGUCUUGCCCAAUAAAAAUAAACCAGUUUGAAGGGCAUUUUAUGAAGUUGCAGGCUGACUCCAACUACCUUCUAUCCAAGGAAUACGAGGACCUAAAAGAUGUGGGUCGAAACCUGUCAUGUGACAUUGCACUCUUGCCAGAGAAUAGAGGGAAAAAUCGAUACAACAAUAUAUUGCCCUAUGAUGCCUCGCGAGUAAAGCUGUCCAAUGUAGAUGAUGACCCUUGCUCUGACUACAUCAAUGCCAGUUACAUCCCUGGCAACAGUUUCAGAAGAGAAUACAUUGCCACUCAAGGACCGCUUCCUGGCACCAAGGAUGACUUCUGGAAAAUGGCGUGGGAACAGAAUGUUCACAACAUCGUCAUGGUGACCCAGUGCGUAGAGAAGGGCCGAGUAAAGUGUGACCAUUACUGGCCUGCAGACCAGGAUUCUCUCUACUAUGGGGACCUCAUCCUGCAGAUGUUAUCAGAGUCCGUGCUGCCUGAGUGGACCAUCAGGGAGUUUAAGAUAUGCAGCGAGGAACAGCUGGAUGCACACAGACUGAUCCGCCAUUUUCACUACACAGUGUGGCCAGACCAUGGAGUCCCAGAGACCACCCAGUCCUUGAUCCAGUUUGUGAGAACUGUCAGGGACUACAUCAAUAGAACCCCGGGUGCCGGACCCACCGUGGUACACUGCAGUGCCGGUGUGGGUAGGACUGGGACCUUUAUUGCCUUGGACCGAAUUCUUCAGCAGUUAGACUCCAAAGACUCUGUGGACAUUUACGGAGCAGUGCAUGACCUGAGACUUCACAGGGUUCACAUGGUCCAGACCGAGUGUCAGUACGUUUACCUACAUCAGUGUGUAAGAGACGUCCUCAGAGCAAGGAAGCUACGGAGUGAACAAGAAAACCCCUUGUUUCCAAUCUAUGAAAAUGUGAAUCCAGAGUAUCACAGAGAUGCAGUCUAUUCAAGGCAUUAAGAAUGUACCUGAAAAUCUGGAUAAAGAUUAUUCACUGUGUGAUUAAAAAAAUUACUUCAUGCCCUACAGAGGUGCCAGUUAUUUCUGUUGAUACUAUGUAUAAUUUAUUAAUCUGGAGAUUUUUAAAGACUUUAUGUAAUUUAAAGGUAACAGAUAUUAAUGUACAUAGUUGUAUUUUGUAGUUUUCUUUUGUAAAUAUGUAUUUUUCAUAAUGUAAUAUUAAGCCUUAUAUAAUACUAUUUUUCCACACUAAAUUGUUUAUGGCUUGUUCUGCAUAAACUGUAUGACAAAAUUGGUAAAACGUGUGUGGAGGCUGUUGCAGAGACAGUUCCUAAGAGCUAUUUUGAUACCCACUGGACAGGAUAAAAGGUAGAGCUAUAGAAAGAGCAUCUUCCAUCUAGUUUCACUCUCCCUUGAGUCUUGAGGUCCAAAGACAAUCCACAUGCUAUUAGGAUAAAUAGAACAGUCAAAAAGGAAGCAGAGGGAGAGGAGUAAAGGAUUAGGCAGAAUCCAAGCUGAGCCAAGUGGCUGCACCUAAACUAGUUGUUCUCUCUCUCCCUUCUCCUGCCAGGGAUUCAAGCUAAAGUGGUCACGGUUAGGAACUUCAUAACUUGCAGUGCAAGCCCAGGCUGCAGGGUUGAGGGUUCUGAUAGAGACUGACCCAAACCGACAUGAUGACUUCCUGUGUUUAGAAGAAUGCCAGCCAACCCCCUGGGGGUGGGGGAGUUAGCACUAUCCAUAGUGAUUAGAGUGGAUUCUGCUGCCUUCAUACUGUGCAGCAUGAACAAGUAUUUCCAUUCUGCAAUGUAUGUGUUGGUUUCUGCAAGUCCAUUUGUCUCGAUCUCACUUCCGGGGGUCUGCAUCUCUUAAAACAUGACAGGUAUGUCCCAGUCAUACUUUUUCCCAUUAAAAGAUUAUGGUGGCAGAUUAUGGUCCUGGUUAAAGGACCUUAAACUAACAUUUCCUCAGAAAUGUCAACAAACAUCAUAUAUAUAUAUAUAUAAUCAUCAUCAUCAUAAAAAACAACAACAAAAUAAGAACUUGGAGCCAG